AUGACAUUUAAUAUAGCCAGUUGCCAUGGAUCAGAUCGUGGCAUUGCGGAUGUCGCAUUUGCUAUCGAGCAAGAACAACCAGAUCUGGUUGCUUUACAAGAAGUUGACAAAUUCACACGUCGAUCAGGUCGUCUAAUCGAUCAAGCAGCGCAACUUGCAAAUUUGAGCCAUCUCUCUCAUUCGUUUUUCAUUCACUCGAUGAACUUUGAUGAUGGACAAUACGGCAAUGCUAUUCUAUCACGAUUUUCGUUCGAAAAUGUCAAAUUAGAACACCAUCUCGAUGGACAAAAUCGUGGUGAAACACGUUCGAUAGGAAUUAUUUCUGUAAAAACUAGCAACGAAUAUCGACUUUUCUUCGGUGUCAUGCAUCUCGAAAGUGAAAUUGAAAACUUGCGCAUCGCACAAGUACGACAAGCAAUCGAACUAUAUCGGAAAAUUGUACCCGAUGAUCAACCUUUUAUUCUUGCCGGCGAUUUUAACGAUUCACCAACCAGCCAAACUCUAAAUUUAUUAUUAACGGAAGGACGUCUACUACUUCCAUGUACUGAAUGUCCAACAACGUAUCCAGCUGAUCAUCCAAAUCAAACGUUAGACUAUAUUUUGAUGAAUACUAAAGCAUCGGCAACGUUCAAACUGAACAACUAUCGCGUAUCAAAUAUUAAAAAAGCAUCAGAUCACUGCCCACUAAUUAUGGAACUAAGAUCUUCAAGUUCUUUGUUUUCAAUUUUCAAUUUAUAG